AUGCACAAAUCCGAAUUCUUGAUCGACAGGGCAAACAAUGGGCCGAAACUGUCCGAGGCAUUGCAUUCUUUUGUAUUCAUUGAAAAUAUGUUCCAGGUGAUCAGUAUUUGGUUGAUUUAUCCAACACCAAAGGCCAUACGGGUUCAGACUUUGCGAAUUUGGUCAAUCGAUGAUUACAAAGAAAUUACCCGUUGCAUUAAUAAGCAAAGGAAAAUAAUCAAAACAAAGAAUGCUCUUGGUAAAAGAGCCAUCCCAACAACAUGCUGCUACUCACGUGAUGGAAAGCUUGUGGCAGCUGGAUGUAAUGAUGGCUCUAUUCAAAUAUGGAAACAUGGAAAUCUCUAUGUGAAUACGGCAUUUCUAAACAGAAAAGCUCAUACUGCACCAGUUACUUCGCUACAGUUUUCUCCGGACAGCAAGCAACUUCUCUCACGAUCACUUGAUGGUACGUUGAAGUUGUGGGCACUGAGCGCAUUCAGUAAGCCAUUGCAUGUGUUAGCUGAGCUCGAGCGGCUUCUCGUGACCUGUGAAACAACGAUUUCGGUCCAUUUCAGCACGGAUUGUGGUUUCUCGCCUCAUGGUGAGCUUGUCUACACGGGCAUUUCAUCGGAUACAGACAUUGGCUCAGAUGGAGCACUUGCAUUUUUUGAUUCGACAACCUUCGAACUUGUUUAUCAGAUCAAAUAUCCGAAAAUAAGCUGUAUUCGGAUUGAUUGGCAGCCAAAAAUCAAUCAAAUUCUUGUUGGUUUAAGUGAUGGUACAGUCAAAUUAUACUAUGAUCCGAUGAAUAGCUCAAGAGGAGCACUGCUGUGUGUUACAAGACCGUUGAGGCGAGCUCGUCAGCAGGAAGUGGUCCGUGAAGAAUUGGUUCUAUCACCAUUAACACUGGAAAUGUUCCAACCAAGAGGAGAGGAAGGCGAAGAGAAGGAGGUGACAACUUGGCGAUUGAAGAAAUAUCUACGAAUGAGGGAUAACAAAUUGAGGCCUGAUUUCCGUAAGCCAGCAGAUAUGCCGAUGAGUGGGCCAAGUUCCGGCGGCCGAGUUGCUGCAUCCGGAGGAACGCUGCAUUCGUACAUCGCAAAGCAAGUGGGGACGAAACGAAAUCGAGAUUUCCUUGCUGAUAAGGAUGUGCGUGCAUCAAUAUUACGGCACGCUGAAGAGGCCGAGAAAAAUCCGUACUAUGUGACGAAGGCAUACCUCAAAAGUCAGCCGGUUACAGUUUUUCAAAAGACGACUACAGCACCGGAAGAGGAAGAAGCUGAUACCGAGCUGGAACCGUUGUACAAAAUUUCAAAACCAUCUUGA